AUGAAGCCCGCUGUCUUCUGCACCCUGGCCGGCACGGCCAUCAUGAUGGCCAGCACCGUGGACGCCCACGGCCAAAUGCUGGUGCCGUCCUACCGCCCGAUCACGGCCAAGUACCGACAGGACUGCCUGUUCGGCCUCAAAGGUGCCGGCAACGACGAGCUGCAGUGGGCCCCCAUUGAGAACCUGAGCCAACGUGGCCAGGCCGAUCAGCCGGCGGCCAAGACUUUCGACAUGUACAACGGCUGCCGCGGCCUCGUGUACGAGUCCGGCAACAACGUCACGGCGCUGACGGCCGGCACGCCGUUCGAGGUCCAGUACUACAUCCAGGCGCCGCACCCGGGCGUCAUGAAGCUGAGCAUCGUCAAGCCCAGCACCGACUCGGACGGCAAGAUCACGUACAAGGCCGACACGCAGGUCGGCUCCUACAGCGACUUCGCUACGUCGUCCGGCACCUUCACCGUCUCGGCCACCAUCCCCACCACCGUGACGGGCUGUGAGAGCGCCGGCGACUGCGCCCUGCAGUUCCUCUGGCACUCGGACAUCGCCAACCAGACGUACCCGACGUGCGCCGACAUCACCAUCUCCGGCAGCGGCGCCGGUACCUCCACCUCCACCUCCAAGACCACCACCGCGACCACCGCUGCCCCUGCUGCCGCUGCUACUGAGACCACGGACGACACGGAAGCGGCAGGCGAGGCCAGCUACACUGCCGACAGCACCGAAGCAUCGGCGACGGACGCCUCGGCUGAUGACACUACGCAGGCGUCGGGUGACGACUCUACCACGCCCACCUCCACGGACGCGUCGGGCGAUGACUCCACGACGCCUGCCGCGACGGACGCUCCGACUACCACCGAUGCCCCCGCCACGGACGCUCCGGAGGUGACGCCGGCGCCUGAGACGGACUCGACCAAGUGCUCAGUGCGUCGCGUUCGCCGCGUCCGCCAGUAGAUGAGUGAAUAACUCAAUGGCCACUUAGAGAGGGUCCGAGAGCUCU